AUGUCUACUGAAACAAAAGAGCUCAAGGCUGAGUGGAAGGCCGAGACGGUCUUGCCCGAGUACACCUUGAAAGACGUGGCCACACACAAUACCAAAGGGGACACCUGGAUGGUGAUCCAUGGACAAGUCUUCGAUCUCACAGAGUAUCUCCAGGACCACCCCGGAGGCGCAGAGGUGCUAGUCGACGUGGCUGGCACGGAUGCCACAGCAGAUUAUGAAGAUGUUGGUCAUUCAGAAGAUGCGCGUGAAAUCAUGCAACCCUUCUUGGUGGGCACACUAAAAGAUGCCCAGCAGUAUGUGCGCCCCAAGGCAGUGCGUGUCGUCUCCCAAAGGACAGAAGAGGCGGCAUCCUCUUCAUCGCCAUUCAAAGCCAUUGCAUGUGCCCUUGGCGGCUUAAUACCUGCCUGCUACAUUGUCAGCCGUACCAACCUCACACAUGGCAUGGACGCCAUUUCCCACUUGAUUCCCCAUCAGUUGAAGAGCAUUCGGUUGCCCCACGGGGGCUUCGUGAACGGAUUCUUGGCCGCUUCGGCCAUCUCUGCCGUAAUCGGUGCAGUGGCAGCUCGCCAGGCCGGCAAGUUCACCAAGAUCGACUCGGGAUUUAUGCGCUAUCCUCCCCAUAUGAAGGCGAAGAAGGUUAUUCGGGUGGACCCCCAUCUGACUCGGGGCUUCCUGGAGCCGCAGCAAUAUCAACGUCUACCUCUAGUGGAAAAGACCGAGCUGGCAACCAACGUGUUCCGGUUCGUGUUCGCUCUGCCCACCGCUUCUGCGGUGCUGGGUCUCCCCAUUGGCCAACACGUCGCCAUCCGGGCUGAGAUCGACGGCACGGUGGUCACUCGCUCAUACACUCCCACCUCCAACAACACCGACCGCGGGCGGAUCGAACUCGUCAUCAAGUGUUACCCAGACGGUCUAUUGAGUGGCAAUUAUCUCGCGGGCCUGACCGUGGGAGACGAGGUAGAGUUCCGUGGACCCAAGGGUUCCAUGCGCUACAGCAAGGGCCUCUGCCGCAAGAUUGGCAUGGUGGCCGGCGGUACAGGGAUCACACCUAUGUACCAGUUGAUCCGCGCAAUCUGCGAGAAUGACACCGACACCACCGAGGUGAAUCUGGUCUACGCCAACCGGAGUGAGUCGGACAUUCUCCUCCGGGAUGAACUGGAGCGAUUUGCGCGUCUUUACCCCAAGAACUUCAAACUGUGGUAUAUGCUCGACUCUGCGCCGGAGGGUUGGACGUAUGGCACAGGAUAUGUGGAUCAGGCCGUUCUGGCUGCACAACUCCCUGCGGCCUCACCGGACACGAAGAUCAUGCUAUGUGGGCCACCGGGGAUGGUCAACGCCACUAAGAAGAACCUGGUGGCGAUGGGCUUUGCAAAGCCAGGGGUGGUGUCUAAGAUGACGGACCAGAUCUUUUGUUUCUAG